AUGGGCCCCAAAUACACUCCUCCUCCUACACCGUCACCACCUGCUUCCUGUUACGCUAUGAGUGACGACGACGAGGAUGAGUACAAUACCAUCGCCCAGGCCUCCUCGAGGAGAGGGGUCAAGUUGCUCUUCUCCAAAAGCAAAGUCUACGUUCAUCCCACUUCGUCCGCCAAAGACAAUAUUGCUGGCUUCAUCGCCCUCAUUCAACAAAAGCCAACCCCCGCAUCACAUGCCUCACAAUCCAAGCACCCCGAUGCGCCCUCCUACCUUCUCGCAUGGGUCCCAGAAUCCUCCCUUGGGGAGGCCUACGAUACAUAUGUGAAAGUAGACCUCUCUGACGACUCGUCACCACCGCGCCAGAAGUACCUCGUUCCGCCGCUUCCGACCACCACCACCUACAAAGACCCCAUCGGGCUGUAUGCAUUUGCAAUCCCGCUAUCAGAGAUAUACUCGCUUCUCGUACGACCGCCGAGUCUAGGAUGGUGGUUCGGAAGUUUGGUGAUCAAUACCCGGGCAGGCGACGGCUUUCCGGCACUCUUCUUCCAUGACGACGAGUGCGAGUCGACCAUCUUGCAGAAGAAGAAAAGGGUACGAGAGAACUUUGACCCCUUCGACAAUGAAGGGAGCUUAUUCUGGGGUGGUGAUGAGGUUCUGCGCUGGCUCCGGAGAUAUGUGGAGGUGGAGCGCUCAUCGGUGGACCGCAACGUCUACCUCGUCAACCCGUCGGACGAGGAUCAGCUGUCGUUUGGACGGUCGGCCACUCACGGCGAUGCGUCUCUGCCAGGAAAGGCACAACCAGAAGCUGCAGCAGCAGGGCCCAGCCAAGCCGGUCCGCCCGAUGCAAGCAUGGACCCCUUCAUGAAGACCCUCAAGGAGACUCGGUGGAAGGUGUUGGAGCAGCUGAGCAAGAUCACGACAUUCACCCGCCGAACUGCCAAUGAUAUUGCGGAGAAUCCUCGGAUUCCACCUCAGAUGCGCCGUCUCAUGAAGAACCCCGAAAUCCAGACGUUGCAAGAUGAGUUUGACAGUGCCAGAGUCUAUCUGGCCCGCUGGGCGAUGAGUGUAGCCGAUCAGAGCGAGAAAGACCGCAACCAGCGUAUAUGGACUGCACAGGAUAUGCUGGAGAUGGAGAAUAGCUCAGUUGGAGACUUUGAGAUUCUCGAGUUAGAGACGGGGAAUCUCGCCCUUCAAGAGCGACGCAGAGUCCUCAAGUUAGAAGAAUGGGAGGGCUUCUUCGACUCAACAUCGGGAAGACUUCAAGUGACAGUGGAAGAAGUCAAGGAACGGAUCUUCCACGGUGGGUUGGAUCCAAAUGAUGGCGUUAGAAAAGAGGCCUGGCUCUUCCUUCUCGAGGUAUAUCCGUGGGACAGCAGCCGGGAAGAGAGACAAGCUUUGAUGAAUUCGAAGCGCGAUGAGUAUAUCAGACUCAAAGCAGGCUGGUGGGAGCGGAUGGUCGAAGGCAACUCGACAGUCGAGCAGUUCGAUCACUGGAAAGAGCAACGGAAUCGGAUAGAGAAGGAUGUUCACCGAACCGAUCGGACCAUUCCUCUGUUCUCGGGUGAGGACAUCCCUCACCCCGAUCCCGAUUCUCCUUUUGCCGAGACCGGCACCAACGUGCAUCUAGAGCAAAUGAAGGAUAUGCUCUUGACGUACAACGAAUUCAAUCCAGAUCUCGGCUAUGUGCAGGGAAUGAGUGAUCUAUUGGCGCCAAUCUACGCCGUGAUGCAAGAUGAUGCUGUCGCCUUCUGGGCCUUCGUGGGAUUCAUGGAUCGAAUGGAACACAACUUCCUCCGAGACCAGUCCGGAAUGCGUGGCCAGUUAUUGGCUCUGGAUAACCUCGUCCAACUCAUGGACCCGCAGCUUUACCUGCAUCUGCAGUCGGCCGACAGUACCAACUUCUUUUUCUUCUUCCGUAUGCUCUUGGUCUGGUACAAACGAGAGUUUGAUUGGUCCGACGUGCUCCGCCUAUGGGAGACAUUAUGGACGGACUACUUCUCCAGCAGCUUCCAUCUCUUCAUUGCGUUGGCAAUACUCGAGAAGCACCGUGACGUGAUCAUGGAUCAUCUCAAGCACUUUGACGAGGUUCUCAAAUAUAUCAACGAACUCUCAAACACAAUGGAACUGGUCCCUCUUCUCACCCGCGCGGAAUCUCUUUUCCACCGCUUCGAACGCUCCGUCCAAGCCAUCGAUAAAAAGGACAACUUCCCCGCUGCCCCGACCGCCCACCAGCGCCGGCCCGGAGAUCAGAGUUCGGGGGAUAAAGUCCCAACUUCUUUAUUCUCAACAGCAAACGCCAAAAUGAGGAAGCCAUUCAGCCCUAAGCCAACCAAGUUCGCCCUAGACGGCCGCGAAACCGAUCUCCUCCACUACAUCUACAAACAAGACCUGCAAACCCUAACCAACAACCCACGCGCCCUCCUAUCCCAAAUAGACACCUACAGCACAACCACCAACCCACUAAUGAACAUCGGCCCAACAAAAGGCGCCUUCAUCGAAAGCCUCAUAAAAACCCACAGACCACGCCUAAUGAUCGAACUAGGCGGGUACAUCGGCUACUCAGCGAUCUUAUUCGGCGCCGCAAUGCGCAACCACGGGGGCAAGUAUAUAAGUCUAGAAAUGAACCCGGAGAUGGCAGCCGUGGCGAACCAACUUAUUUCCCUGGCUGGUUUGGGGGAUACGGUUUCUGUGAUUGUUGGUACGGCGGCCGAGUCUUUGCGAGGACUUGUGGCCCGGGGCGGACUUGGGCGUGGGGGAGUGAUUCCGAUGGUGUUUUUGGAUCAUUGGCAGGAUGUUUAUUUGCCUGAUUUGAAGUUGUUGGAGGGGCUUGGUGCUGUGGAUAUUGGGUCUGUUGUUAUUGCUGAUAAUGUUAUUUUCCCUGGUGCGCCGGAGUAUUUGGAGUGGGUUCAGGCUAGUUGUGAUGUUAAGAAGGGGUUGAAGGGGGUGGGAGAGGUGGGAGAUGCUGGGUUGGUUUAUGAGACUGAGGUGACGGAGUUUGAGACUCAGUUUGGGAAGGAUGGGGUUGCUGUUACGAAGGUUGUUGGGAAGGAGGAUGCCUAG